UUAGAUAUUACUGCACGGUCGGAACUAGAAGCACAAGCAUUUCGCUACACUCGCAUUAACAUCUGCUAACCAUGUGUAUGUGACCAAUAAAAUUUGAUUUGAUUUGUAGAAUAGUGUCAUGUUUCUAAUGGCCAAGACAUCUCCACUACAGGACCUUGAUGAGUGUGGAUGUUGAAUAGUAUCAUGUUUAUUGUAGUGGCUGAAGGGUUCAGUUGUCUGUUUGUCCCUAAGGAGUCCAAAGUAGGUUAGGAGUUUCCUAGUCUUGGAGUAUAACCUUACACAUCUAUAAAUAUGCUAAUUCUAAGUUAGGAGUUUUCUAGUCUAGGAGUAUAAUAUAUAAAUAUCUAUAAAUAUGCUAAUUAUAAGUUAGGAGUUUCCUAGUCUUGGAGUAUAACCUUACACAUCUAUAAAUAUGCUAAUUAUAAGUUAGGAAUUACCUAGUCUAGGAGUAUGAUAUAUAAAUAUCUAUAAAUAUGCUAAUUAUAAGUUAGGAGUUUCCUAGUCUAGGAGUAUAACCUUACACAUCUAUAAAUAUGCUAAUUAUAAGUUAGGAGUUACCUAGUCUAGGAGUAUAAUAUAUAAAUAUCUAUAAAUAUGCUAAUUAUAAGUUAGGAGUUUCCUAGUCUAGGAGUAUAACCUAUAAAUAUCUAUAAAUAUGCUAAUUAUUUCGACACCCUAAAGAGAUACUGGAGCAAUAGCACUCAUCAUUACUACUUACUGGAUACGACUUCGAACUGAAUACAGAGGCCUAUGGGCCCUGGUCAGAAGUAGGGUACUUCAUAGGGAAUAGGAUGCCAUUUGGGAUGUAUAGUAGUGCACUACUUAGGGAAUAGGAUUCCAUUUAGGAUGUAGCAUAUUUUCACUGGUUUCCCAGAGAGUUCUGUUCCUGGAGUGUCCCCAGAGGUAGAUCCUCAUUCUUCCCUGACAUCAUCAAACUGCUGGCAGCAUAAUUGGCUCCUCUCUCCUCCUGCCAAGCACCAGUUCUCCGGCAUGCAGUGGCCUCAUGAAAACAUCUCUCCUCAGCACUGCAAUGCAACAACACCGCCCCCCCCUUUUGUGACGUCACUGCCGACUCCACCAGUAGGGGCGUGUCCUGACACCAGAUCUUACAUCCAGCUUAUAGACUAGGCUGCUGCUCUAGGGGGAGGAAAGCUUUGACACCGCAGCGUACAGAGAUAAUAAUGGGAAAUGCACAGGAUAAGCCCUCUGGAACUGGAGGGGCUAAAACGGACCAGGCCACCCCAGGAUUCAGGAGGAGAAGCAGGGCCGGGAGUACGGAGAAGCCCAAGGCAGGGAAGGGUCCCCCAGAGAAGGGGUCGAUGUCCAACGGAGCCACCCAGGGGGACAGGAACCAGAGUAAGGACAUCCCACCAGACACCAGCUAUCUGGACGCUCCCGCUGGAGCUCUGCCGUCCCACCUGGGCCGGCUGAAGAACGAGGGUAACCACCUCUUCAAAAACGGACAGUUUGCAGAUGCUGUGGAGAAAUACUCUGCGGCCAUCGAUGGCUGCUGUGACGCAGGUAUAGAGAGUGGAGAGGACCUGUGUAUUCUCUACUCUAACAGAGCUGCUUGCUACCUGAAGGAUGGGAGCAACACAGAGUGUAUCCAGGACUGCACCAGGGCAUUGGAGCUGCAGCCCUUCUCCCUGAAGCCCCUCCUUCGCAGGGCCACGGCCUAUGAGUCAAUGGAACGUUACCGACAGGCCUACGUGGAUUUUAAGACUGUUCUGCAGAUAGACAUUGGGGUGCAGGCGGCACACGACAGUGUCCACAGGAUCACCAAGCAGCUUAUUGAGCAGGACGGCCCUGACUGGAGACAGAAGCUUCCAGAGAUCCCUCUAGUCCCACUGUCAGCUCAGCAGCACCACAGGCAGAAAGACCCCAGUGCUGAACUGGUCCAGGCUAGAGAAGCCAAAAAAGCAGAGGCUCGCUUUGCCUCUCUCAAGACAGAAGGAAAUGAGCAUGUGAGGAAAAGCCAGUUCCAUGACGGUCUAGAGAAGUACAGCGAAUGCCUUAAGAUCAAACCUGACGAGUGUUCCUGCUUUACCAACAGAGCCAUCUGUUAUCUGAGACUGGGUUGUUUUGAAGAGGCCAAACAGGACUGUGACUCCGCCCUCAAGCUGGAACCAACCAAUAAGAAGGCCUUCUAUAGACGUGCGCUGGCGUUUAAAGGCUUACAGGACUACCUGUCUUCCAGCAGUGACCUCCAGGAGGUGUUACAGCUGGACCCUAACGUCCACGAGGCUGAACAGGAGCUGGAGACUGUGACAGGGCUGCUCAGACAGAGCCUCAUGGACGGAGCCCAACACACACCCAGGGUUUGAUGGCAGAGAUGAGACUGCCACAGUAGACUGUAUAGGAGGCUGAUGAAGAGCGAGACUGAUGUAGACCUGGGAGUGGCCACAGGGAAGGCUGUUCAGGCCUCAACUCAUCAUCCCUCACAGAGUUGACAUGGACUAAGGUGAACUAUGCUGGAUGUUGGGCUCUGACUCCAUCUGCCUUCAAAGAGCAUCAUUAAAGCAUCGCGUCGACGACGGCAGAGCGUUGUUCAGUAAUUCAUAGCAGGCAGCUGCAUCCUUCAUUUCCAUUCUGGAGACUCUAAAGAUACUUUAGAUGCAAUGCAGCUUCUUAUAUUUACAUUUGUCAUUUAGCAGAGGCUCUUAUCCAGAAAGACGUACAGUUAAUGAGUCAUUUAGCAGAUGCUCUUAUCCAGAGAGACUUGCAGUUAGUGCAUUCUUUACCUCAGCAUGCUCAGACUCCCUGCAGCAACACACUGUAGAGAAAGGAUGCGUCACAAAUUGUGCCCUACUCCCUAUAAAAUGCACUACGUUUGACCAGGGCUCAUAGGUCCAUAAUCAAAUGUAGUGCACUAUAUAGGGGAUAGGGUGCCAUUUGAGACUUAGACCAAAUUCUUAAAAGCUAGGAGUGACUACCGUAAAUUCCGGACUAUAAGCUGCAACUUUUUUUCCCAGGCUUUAAACCUCGCGGCUUAAACAAUGACGCGGCUAAUAUAUGGAUUUUUCCCGCUUUCAAUUUUUUUUCUCACAAAAAAACACAUUCUGUGAUGUGCUCAGUUUUUUGGCGGCAUGAAGCUUUCAUUAGACCAAUGAAAUUGCCGAACGGGUUAAGGUCAAACAACUUUUUUGUUUACUGUUUAGAUUAAAUCGAGCACUCUCAAACUUCCCAUCAU